CAGUUAUAUCACAUACACCGAACAGACGAAACACACAGUAGCGAGAGAGAUUGAGAACUUUUAUUUAUUCAAAUUAUACUUCGAUUUAUUCGUGAUUUGCUAUAAAUAUCGAUUUACAUCGCAAUGGAUUUUAUUGGUCACUUGAGACGUUUUAUUCACCCGAAUAAAAUAUGCAUCGCUAAUAAUAUUUUUGAUUUGAGCACAAAAGCAACACUGGUCAUCUUCGCCGCACUCUCAACGUUGUUGACAUCUUAUCAAUAUCUUGGCGCUCCAAUUCUUUGUGUGGUCGAUCGAUUUCCGGUGAAUGUGAUGCAAACUUACUGUUGGUUCUAUGGUACUUACACGCUACCAAAUAGUUUAUUGGGUGACAUCGGUAAGCACAUUAUUGAACCGGGUGUUGCAAGCGAAGGUUCGGCGCCAAUCAAGUACCACCGAUAUUAUCAAUGGGUUUGUUUGGCAUUGUUUGGAAACGCGAUUUUUAGUUAUUUGCCACGAUUUUUGUGGAAAACCGUUGAAAAUGGCCGAAUGAAAAAGUUGUGUGCGGAUCUGAAUAAUCCAACGAUUGGAAUGGACAAGAUCGGUGCCAAGAAAGUCGAUGACAAAAAAGGCAGUGACAACAAGGAAGGUGAAAACAAGGAAGGUGAAAACAAGGAAGUUGACGAAAAGAAAGGCGAUGACAAACCCGAUGACAAAAAAGUUGAUGGCAAUAAGAGGGAUAGUAAGAAGAAAGUUGGUAUCAAAGAAAAGCGCUUAUCGGGUAUCACAACCUAUUUUACCUUCUAUUUGAAUCGACACUCAUCUUAUGCGUAUUACUUCUUUGGCUGCGAACUUUUAAACUUUGCCAUUGCAAUUGCACAGAUUUAUUUCACUCAUUUAUUCUUGGAUGGUCAGUUUUUAAACUAUGGCAUUGAUGUGAUGCUCAAUCAAAAGGUGAAACCAAUGACACAAAUUUUCCCAAAAGUUACCAAAUGCUUUUUCCAUAAGUAUGGGCCCUCCGGUGGUAUUCAAAAGUAUGACGCACUCUGUGUGCUAGCAAUUAACAUUUUGAAUGAGAAAAUUUACUUAUUUCUAUGGUUUUGGUUUGUCGGAAUCGUCUUUUUGUCCGGCAUUGCGUUAGUUUAUCGAGCAUUUGUUUGUUGUUCGGCCAAAAUUCGUCUGCAUCUUCUCAUUUCGUUUCGAGCACGGUUUGCACCACGCGACGACAUUGAAUACAUUUUGCGUCAUUUUGAUGUGGCCGACUGGUUUGUAUUGUACCAAAUGAGCAAAAAUAUCGAUUCAGUAAUAUUCGAAGAAAUUUGUCAUGAACUUAAACUAAUGCUAGAGUCAGACAAGAAAAAAAGCUAAAGAAUGACACCAUUGCAUGAGAGCAAAUUUAUAUUUAUUACGAUUUUCAAGUAUUAUUAUUUUGCCUCAAAUGUAUUAGUCUCAAAUCACAGUUUAGUCGCUUGCUUUCACCCAUAUCAUUAUGUAAUUUGGAAAAUUCUUUAAGAAACCAUCUUUAUCUUACUACUUUCAAUUGUUGCAAACAAAACAUAGGACACGUUGAUAAAUUUAG